UAGCAGCCCCGUCCAGUCCCCGUCCCGUCCCCGUCCCGCGCCCGCGGCUGGAGAGGACCUUCCGUCGGCGGUGCCUGGGCCUGGGCGCGGCUCUGCAGGCGUCGCUGCCCGCGCUGUCGCAGCCUCCCGGCCCGGCGAGCGAGGAGCGGGGCGCGGCCAUGGGCACCCGCGGGCCCUCCGCGCUGGUGGACACCACGCCCGCCAAGACCAUCGUGGUGUACCGCAACGGGGACCCGUUCUACGUGGGCAAGAACUUCGUGCUGUCGCGGCGCCGCGCGGCCACCUUCGAGGCGCUGCUGGAGCAGCUCACGGAGCAGGUGGACGUCCCGUUCGGCGUGCGCCGCCUCUUCACGCCCAUGCGUGGGCACCCGGUGCUGGGGCUGGACGCGCUGCAGACGGGCGGCAAGUACGUGGCGGCGGGCCGCGAGCGCUUCAAGGAGCUCGAUUAUAUUCAUAUAGUUCCUCGAAAACCUGCAAAGAUAAGGAAGUUGAAGGAAAUCAAACCGGUGGUGCAUUGUAAUAUAAAUGUGCCUUCCAAGUGGCAAACAUAUCAUCCUAUAUCUCGACAUAUAAAUGUUUUUACAAAUGGAAGAUUAUUUAUUCCACCUGCAAAAAUCAUUAUACCCAAAUUUAGUCUGUCCGAUUGGGACAUCGUGCUGGCCAGGAUCGGAGAAAAAGUCUUCCCUCUAGGAGGCGUUCGGAAAUUAUUUACAAUGAAUGGACAUCUUUUGGGCGACUCAAAGGAUUUGCAAGACAAUCACUUUUAUGUUGCUGCGGGACUGGAGACCUUCAAAUAUUUUCCUUACUGGAAGUCUCCAAGGGUGCCCAGCGAGGUCCAACAAAGAUAUGCGAAUGUUGAAAAAAACUCACAGAGAAAGAAAAAAGUGGAUUCCAAAGGAAAAGACCCUUGUCACUAUGAUGGCAUACCCCCCAAAACACAGGAUUCUGUUUAUUAUGCCAAAGAAGAAAAGAAGAAAACAUUGGCAGAACCUUUAGUCCAAAGAGGAGCAGAAGGUGACGUGUAUAAAGCACCAACUCCUAGCAAGGAAACCCAAGGGGCGCUGGACGUCAAAGAGGACCGCAAUGUGCAGCUGGAGCUGCCUGUGGACCAGAGACAAGCUGAGAUAGUUAAAGAAGAUGAAGAGAUACAUGAGAACACCCCUGAUUUUGAGGGCAACAAGGAUACAGAAGAUGCAAGGCUUUGUGAAGACGUUGAAAGAAAGGUGGCCCAGGAGUGGAAACCUGUAGAUUAACAAAACCACCUUUGUUAUCUAUCUGAAGUCCACUUUUCUUCAACCAUGGGGCUUCCAUGUCACAUAUGGACAUUUUAACAGCAAGAAAAUCACAUGUGGGGUGAAACUAAAGCCACACACAGUGGUGUCUUCUCGAAAGCCAAAGAUGAGGUUUCCCAGUUGAGCUCCAUAUUCUUCUUAUUCCCUUUCUCAGUGAUAUUUCUUUUUAGUAAACAUUUUAAAGAAUGAAA